GUAAAGUCUAUAACGUAGAUUGGGAAUACGCCGUGACACAGUGCAUAACAUGCUCAUCCUCUCGCACAGAAACAAUUUCUAUAGACACUGGGAAUCGAUUUGCCAGCUAGGAGACUCUGUUAGGCUGAUCAAUGUUUGCUUCGUACACCAACGCUUUUUUUCCCCAAAUGUUCUCUAUGUUGACGUGACUGCAAUCAUGCAUUGAAGCGAUAUUCCGCUCGCUCAAACACAAUAUGCUUUGUGAGCAUGAAAGUACUCGGAUUGCCAGCAGCAGAACAUGCGGAGGAGCUUCCAUGCUGCCUGCGUCUUUGUCUCAAUUGGAUGUCAUUCAGAAUAAUGACACCCGAUCAUUAUUUUGACAGUUGCGCUUUGUGAGAGGUAGGAAGUACACCAGAUGUGGUGAACCGAAGCAAGAGCUCGAGUACAGCAUGAUACGAUUGGUUACACACAUGGCAAAAAAUGCACAUGUUUACGUGGAGAUGGGCAAAAAUUA